AUGAGAAACCCUAACGUGAUGGAGAAGGCACAAAAAGAAGUGAGAGAAACAUUUAAGGGAAAGAACAAAAUCACCGAGAGCGACUUAGAACACUUGGUUUACCUCAAAUACAUCAUCAAAGAAACUUUAAGGCUUCACCCUCCUCUACCUUUGUUGCUUCCAAGAGAAUGUAGAGAGCAUUGUCAAAUCGAUGGUUAUGAUAUACCAGUGAAAACGAAAGUGAUUGUCAACGCUUUUGCAUGUGCAGUUGAUCCUGAAUAUUGGGAUGAUGCAGAAAGUUUCAAACCAGAGCGAUUCAACAGCUCUUCUGUUGAUUUCAUGGGUACAAACUUUGAGUUCGUCCCAUUUUGGAUCAGGGAGGAGGAUGUGUCCUGGGAUUAA